UGUUUGCAAGAUACUCUGCUGGCUUGGGUUCCAUGUGGAUUUCUUUUGGUAUCCGCUGUCUUUCAUUUAACAUCUCUUGAAAAAUUAGUUGAUAUUGGACACACAUGGCUAAAUGUCCUGAAAACUGUUUUCAGUUUAUUUCUUGCAAUCCUGUGUUUUAUUGAUGUAUGCUUCAGCAUCCAUGAAUAUGUAUCUGGCUACCAUGCUUACGUUGCUCACAUUCUAGGACCAUGUUGUCAUCUGAUGGCUAUGACACUUUCAAUAAUAGUCAUUCAGUUCAAUAGAAAAUAUGGAAAUAAAGUUUGCGGUAUCUUGUUUCUCUAUUGGCUUCUCCAGAUGAUCUGUGGAUGUGUGAUACUGCAGGCUAGAGUAAAAUACUUUCUGGCCGAGGAAAACAUUUUUACAGUUUUUCACUUGACAUAUAGUUGCUUAUUUUUGUUGCUUUCUAUGCUGCAAGUCAUUCUGAGUGGGUUUUUUACAGAUCUACCUAAGAAGAUUCCUCAGUACGCUUUGGAAGGAAAGGCUUGUCCAGAAGCUACAUCAUGCUUUAUUUCACAGCUCUUGUUUUGGUGGUUCAAUUCAAUGCUGCUGGUAGGUUACAAAAAAUCAUUAGAGAGGUCAGAUCUUUGGUUGUUAGAUGAUAAAAUGACGACCCACUAUGUGGUGAGCAAAUUUGAAACAAGUUGGAAUAAAAGUGCUGCUAAAUAUUAUAAAUUUGAAGAAAACAAGGAACAUCAAUCAAAGAGCCAGGACAAAAUGUUGGAUGAUAGAAGCGAUCUUAAGAUCGAUAUUGCUAUUUUGCCAGCAACCCAGCCCAAGCCUCAUAAACUCAGAAGGCCUUCUUUGUGGAUUGUCUUAGCUGGCACAUUUGGUCGAACCUUUCUUUUCGGUUCCUUCCUCAAACUAUUGCACGACUUGGUCAUGUUCAGCAGUCCCAUGUUGCUGCAAGCACUGCUGAAGUUCAUCAGCAGUCCGACAGCUCCGUGCUGGCAUGGGUACUCAUUAUGCGUGCUUCUGUUCAUUCUAGCGUUCAUCCAAUCCAUGAUCCUGCACCAGUACUUCCACUGUUGCAUGGUGGUUGGCAUGAACGCUCGAACUGCCAUUACAGGCGCUGUUUAUAAAAAAUCAUUGAAACUGAGCAACGAAGCUCGUAAAAAAUCAACUCUUGGCGAAAUCGUCAACCUGAUGUCCACCGACGCUCAGAAGUUCACUGAACUGGCCACUUAUUUGAAUAUGCUCUGGUCGGCACCAUUUCAAAUAAUGGUCAGCAUCUACAUGCUUUAUAAACUCCUCGGUGUCUCUGUCUUCGCCGGAGUCAUAGUCAUGGUUGUUUUAAUUCCUUUCAACAUGUACAUUGCUAAGAAGUCCAGGAUGUUUCAGACUCAACAAAUGGCACUGAAGGACACGAGAGUGAAGAUGAUGGCCGAGAUUUUGAAUGGUAUCAAGGUGCUGAAACUCUACGCGUGGGAGCUGUCUUUCCAGACGAAGAUCCUGAACAUACGCAUGAAGGAGUUGGUGGUUCUCAGAAAAAUGUCCUACCUACUUUCAGCCUCCAGUUUCUUGUGGCACUGCUCACCUUUCAUGGUGUCUGUAGCAACCUUUGCAACGUAUGUGCUCUCAUCAACGCAUAACAUUUUGGAUGCAGAAAAAGCAUUUGUUUCAUUAUCUCUUUUCAACAUUCUCAGAUUUCCCAUGUUGAUGUUGCCAAGUCUGGUGGCUGCCAUGGUCCAGACAAGCGUCUCGGUGAAAAGAUUGGAAUAUUUUUUGAUAAAUGAAGAGCUUGACGAUGAUGCUGUGAAGUUUGUUGGUGUUGCAGACGAGCCAGCGAUUACAAUUGAAUCUGGAUCAUUUUCAUGGGAUGCCUCACCUGGAAAUAACAAACCAGUCAUCCAAGAUAUAAAUCUAAAAGUUGAAAAAGGUGCCUUUGUUGGAGUUGUUGGACAGGUCGGAUGUGGAAAGUCCACACUUAUAUCCGCCAUCUUAGGAGAAACUGAAAAAGUUCAUGGAUCUGUCAGCAUUAAUGGCAGCAUAGCCUACGUAGCUCAGCAAGCUUGGAUUCAAAAUGCUUCUAUUGAAGAAAACAUUUUGUUUGGCAAUGUGAUGGACAGAGCAAAGUACAACAAAGUUCUAGAAGCAUGUGCACUUCUUCCCGAUCUUGAACUGCUUCCCGCCAGAGAUGCAACAGAAGUUGGCGAGCAAGGCAUAAAUUUGAGUGGUGGGCAAAAACAGAGAUUAAAUUUAGCUCGUGCUGUUUAUUCCAAUCGUGAUAUUUAUCUUCUUGACGACACAUUAUCUGCUGUUGAUGCUCACGUCGGCAAGCACAUUUACGAUCAAGUGCUUGGAAAAAAUGGGCUGCUCAAAGAUAAGACUGUCAUCUUUGUGACUCAUGGCUUGCGGUUCCUGCAAGAUUUUAGCACCAUAGUUGUCUUGAAAGAUGGGAGGAUAUCAGAGAUGGGAACUUACAACGAACUCUUAAGUAACAAAGGAGCUUUUGCAGAGUUUCUCAGAACGCAUAUUCAACAAGAAGCACAGGACGAAAAUAUAAAAAUGGACGAAGAAGGUAAAAUUUCACAAGAAAAGGAUAACUCAGUUCUGGCAACUAAGCAUGCCCAAAAUAAAGAGUCGAUAAUGUUGACGUCAUUCUCGAAGCAAAAAAGUGUUGUGCUGUCAUCUUCUGAAAACAAACCUCUCAUGAAAAAAGAUAACCGAAAAUUAAUGACUGAAGAAAAAAUGGAGAAAGGAGGGGUCAAACUGGCAAUAUACAAGACAUACAUGCAAGCACUGAGUUAUCCUAUUGCGAUCAGUGUCCUCAUCUUCCUCGUACUUCAAGCAGUUUUCAGCAUUAGUUCCAACUUUUGGCUGAGUGAUUGGAUUGAUCCAGAUGUCGUCAUGAGAAUUGGAGUUUAUGGGGCUCUUGGUCUCGGACAAAGUUUAGCAGUGUUGGCUGGUGCAUUCAUUCUGGCCAGGGGUGCAUUAAUGGCUUCAAAUAGUCUGCACAAACUAUUGUUGUAUAAAGUUCUUCGUUCUCCGAUGUCAUUCUUCGAGACAACACCCGUUGGCCGAUUGAUAAAUGUUUUCGCGAAAGAUAUUGACACGAUGGACGCCACGUUGCCUGGAAAUUUUGAUGUCCUCAUCAAAUGCGCUCUUGGUGUCUUGGGUACUGUAUUUGUUAUUAGUUAUAACACUCCUCUGUUUCUACUGGUCAUUUUACCUCUCGGUGUCAUCUAUUUCUUAGUACAGCGUUUCUACAUAAGGACUUCUCGGCAACUUCGUCGCAUAGAAUCGACCAACAGAUCGCCAAUUUUCUCGCAUUUUGGAGAAUCAGUUCAAGGGGCUUCAACGAUCAGAGCAUUCAACCAAAGGGAACGGUUCAUUCACGAUUCUGAGAGGAAGGUGGAUAAUUACACCACUGCCAACUAUCCAUCCAUUGCUUCGAACAGGUGGUUGGCUGUCAGACUGGAAUUUAUUGGCAACUGCUUGGUACUGUUUGCAUCGUUAUUUUCUGUUAUAUUCAGAGAUAAGGUAUCUCCCGGUAUCGUUGGCCUUUCAGUUGUCUACGCUCUCAGUAUCACACAAACGCUAAACUGGAUGAUAAGGAUGUCCAGUGAAGCGGAAACUAAUAUUGUGUCGGUUGAAAGAAUAAAGGAAUAUACUGAAAAAGAAUCUGAAGCUGAUUGGGUUAUUGAAUCUGAAAGACCCAAACCUGAUUGGCCAAACCGAGGCCUGAUUGAGUUUAAAUCUUAUUCACUGGCUUACAGGAACAUGGAACCAGUUCUCAAGGCUAUAUCGUGCCUCAUUGCUCCGGGGGAGAGAGUUGGCAUCGUUGGUCGGACGGGAGCUGGCAAAUCAUCCUUAACUAUCGGCUUGUUUCGAAUAAUCGAACCGCACAGCGGAUGCAUUUUAAUCGAUGAUGUGGACAUUUCAAGCAUUGGAUUGCAUGACUUAAGAUCCAAAUUGACCAUCAUUCCACAGGAUCCGGUGUUGUUCUCGGGUACGUUAAGAAUGAAUUUGGAUCCAUUUGAGCAGUACACUGACGAUGAAAUAUGGUCAUCUCUCAGGUUCGCCCACCUCAGUGAGCACAUCAACCAGCUGAAGGACAAGUUACUGCACGAAGUCGGGGAAGGAGGCAUUAACUUCAGUGUGGGGCAGAGGCAGCUGCUCUGUCUGGCUCGUGCCUUGUUGCGCAAAUCAAAAAUUUUGAUAUUGGACGAAGCCACCGCUGCUGUUGAUAUGGAAACUGAUGCUCUCAUCCAAUCAACUAUCAGCACCCAGUUUUUCAACUGCACCACUCUCACGAUAGCUCAUCGCAUCAACACCAUCAUGGACUAUUCAAGAAUACUUGUGUUGGACAAAGGAGAAGUAAUGGAGUUUGACACCCCUCAGAACCUGCUCAACAAACCAGACGGCAUCUUCCGAGGUUUGGCUUUAGAGGCAGGGCUUACUCAGCAACAACCAUCCAAUUCAUCCAAUUCUUCUUAGUUUAAUAUUUAAAAGUGUAAUUAUAAAAAAAUAUUAUAUAUAUAUAUAUAUAUAUAUAUAUAUAUAUAUAUAUAUAUAUAUAUAUAUAUAUAUAUAUAUAUAUAUUGUGUACCGUAGUUUGUUAUUUUAGGAGUAUUUUAGAAGCUUUUCUAACGGUUAUAUUAUUGUUUGUUAUUGUUAUUAUUGACAAAAAUUGAAUGUUGUAUAACUUAAAUGUUGAUUUCCUCCUAUUAGCCGAAGAUCGGUGGUUACACAAGUUGACCAGUGAUUUAGAGAUAUAUGCAUAUUUGUUACUUAUUUAAAUUAAAAACUAAUUAUAGUUGAGUUUGUUUUUGUUAUUUGCUGUUAUAUUUAAUGAUAAUUUUAUUUUUGUGGCGCAUUAUUUAAUGCUUUUUAUAUUACGAAAUUAUACUUUGAAAUUACAACUUUUAUAUAAUUUUUAUUUCAAUGUUUUACUUAAAUUGAACUCCAGUUUAUUUCACUGAUACGUGUUGUGUUAAAUUUUUUUUAUCAAUUAUGGCGAAUGACAUGUAAUUUAAUUUAUAUAUAGGAAAAUUAAUAAAUAAAUAUGUUGGCAGUUUUGGUGAAUAAAUAAAAAACAACAGUUUAA